UUUAAAGAAGUAAAGAAAAAAAAAAGAUUUAAGAUAACCGGGAAGUAUAGAACAUUUUAAUAAACAUCUAAAAGAUAUGGAUGUAUUAGGACAGGUGAUUUUUUGGAUAGUAUUGGUGAUCAUGAUUUUGGCUUCUGUGGAAAGUGAAAGUUGUAGAGAGGCGGGUCUUUGUUGUACUGGACACAACAGGACAUGUCAGUCACUGACUGGACACACUGACCAAUGUUACUGUGAUGAUGCCUGUCAGGAACUGGGGGACUGCUGCGAGGACUAUAUCGUCACCUGUGUAAACAAGGGAGUAUCUCAUCCAGUUCGUCGAAAACGGAGGUCAGCAGGAAUGAAAUGCUCACCAGUUGAUCUUAUGUUUGUAAUGGAUGAAUCUGGAAGCGUUGGUUUUGAAAACUAUGAGAAGAUGCUAAACUUUGUCAUAGCUUUACUAGGAAACUUUAAAAUUGGACAAAGUGACAUGAGAGUUGCUAUGAUCAAGUUUGGUUCCUAUGCAAACCUUGAGUUCAAUUUCGAUACUUACGGAACUUUUUCAGAUAUAUGGCAUGCUUUGCAAGAUAUGAAAUCAAAAUACGUCGGAGGCGGGACUGACACAGCAGCUGGUUUGAGACUUGCUAAGUUUAUCACUGGCUAUAGUCGUCCCAAUGCCGCCAAAGCUGCCAUUGUUUUAACUGAUGGAUAUUCAAAUAAUCACCAAGCAACCGUAUAUGAAGCAGGAAGUCUUCAACACACAGGCACCAAAGUAUUCGGUGUCGGUAUUGGAAGUUAUGUAAAUUUGGAUGAACUGAGAACCAUCGCUAGUGACCCUGACUCUAAAUAUCUUGUUACAACCAUCGACUUCAACGAUUUGUAUAACAAACUUCAGCAUUUUAUUAAUGGGCUUUGUGAAGACAUUGAUGAAUGUCAGUCUUCUCCUUGUAAUAAUGGAUUAUGUAUAAAUACUCUUGGAUCAUAUCACUGUAACUGUUUGAUUGGUUGGACUUCAUUUAACUGUGAUGUGGACAUUGAUGAAUGUACUAAAAGUCAUAUAUACCCUUGCAUCCAUGGAGAUUGCACCAAUUAUCCGGGUAGUUUCACUUGUACCUGUUACACGGGGUUUACUGGUAACGACUGCAGCAGAGAUAUAGACGAAUGCCUUAGCAAUCCGUGUAAACACGGAGAUUGUCAAAACACAAUCGGGUCAUACAAAUGUUCCUGCAAUGAUGGAUGGACUGGCAAAAAUUGUGACUCAGAUAUUGAUGAGUGCUUAACCUCGCCAUCGGUGUGUUGCAAUGGGGACUGUACAAAUACAGCAGGUUCGUUUUCCUGUGGAUGUCAGCCAGGGUGGACCGGAAGUAUUUGUGAAAAAGACAUCAAUGAGUGUAAUGCAAUGCCUUGUGAAAACAAUGGAGUGUGCAUCAACUUACCCGGGCAUUUCCUUUGCCGUUGUCGUGAUGGAUUUUCGGGAACUUUAUGCCAAAAUGAUGUGAACGAGUGUGUGUCGUCUCCUUGCAAAAAUGGAGGAGUGUGUCGAAAUGUUCUUGGAGGGUUUGCUUGUGAUUGCAAAAAGGACAGCAAUAAUUUUGGGAAACUUUGUGAAGAAGAACUGGAUGUAUGUUCGUAUUCAUCCCUUUGUCAAAACGAUGGAAACUGUAGUCAUAGCAAUGGAACAGUUCUAUGUAGUUGUCCAACAGCUUGGACUGGAAAUUUCUGUCAAUUUUAUUUGGGGGAAUGUGAAUCAUCGCCUUGUCAGAAUGGAGGAAGUUGUUUUUCAGGGAAUUCUACUUUUUCAUGUAUUUGUCCACCUGGAUUUACUGGAGAACAAUGUGAAAGAGACAUCGACGAAUGUGCAAGAAACCCUUGUAGUGUUAAUGCCACAUGUCAAAAUACGGGUGGCAGUUACUUUUGUGAAUGUCCCCAAGGUUAUCAAGGAAUACACUGCAUGGAUGAAAUAAAUGAGUGCAUGUCUUCCCCCUGCUCAAAUGAUGGACAUUGCAUUAAUAUGGAUGGAGAUUUCUCCUGUGUUUGUCAGAAUGGAUUUUACGGAAAACGAUGUGAACAAGAAUCUUGCGAUAUGCAUGCCUGUUACAACAAUGGUACAUGUUUUACAUUUGGAAUGACUGCAAUAUGUGCCUGUACAGCAGGUUUUACUGGAGAAAAUUGUUCACAAGAUGUAGACGAAUGCAACUACUCCCCAUGUCCUCAAAACACAGUAUGCAAUAACACCUUUGGUGGUUAUGAGUGUGUGUUGUGUGCUUCGCCAGGCAACUGUACCAUAGACUAUAGUACAUGUAACCAGUUGCCUUGCCAAAAUGAAGGUCUUUGCAUCGCUGAAAAUUCCACCUUUUCCUGUCUGUGUAAAAAGGGUUGGACAGGAAAGAUGUGCGAAACAGGUAACAUGCUUUGCAGAGUCAAAUAUCAGAGAACAAAAUCCAUACAUCUAAAAUAUUGCCUUAAAAUGAUUGAUGGUUGUAGUAAUGUAACAUGCCACAAUAGCGGUGUCUGCGUCUCCAAAUUUGGGAAGAUUUACUGUGUGUGUCCUCGAGGAUAUCGUGAUGAAGCCUGUGAACUAGAUGUUGACGAGUGCGGCUUAUCUCCAUGUUGGAACAAUGGAACAUGCAUCAACGUUCUAGGGGAGUUUCAUUGUAACUGUUCCGAAAGUUUUGAAGGAGAUCAAUGUGAAAAUGCUUGUUCAAAACCAUCCCAGGAUCUUUUGUUUGCCAAUGUGAAACUGGAUGGACGGGACCAAGCUGUGAACAAGAUUUUGAUGAAUGUGAAAAACCCAUGCCAACAUGGAGGUUAUUGUAUAAACUUGGUCGGAGGGUAUGUAUGUGUUUGCUCUGGGUACAACGGAACGGAUUGUGAACUGGAUAUUGAUGAAUGUUUAGAGGAGACUUCGAUAAUGGAGGGAGUUGUAAAAAUGUACCUGGUGCAUUCUUUUGUUCAUGUGGAGCAGGCUGGAAAGGAAAUAGAUGCCAAACAGGUUGAGGAUGACCCACUGUGA